GAGUGUUCCCUUUAUUUUUUUGAGCAGUAUAGUUACUAACAGCCCUUUAUCGGCUGUAACAUGAAACGGGUGGAAAUAAUUUUGUGUUGCACUUUUCUAGAAACUCAGACACUUUUACAGGAAUCAAGUAAAAUUACAAACAGAAGACUUAAGUACAUCAAACAAAAUUAAUAUAAAGUACUGAUCAUUAAAAAAAACGGAACCAAACCAGAAACUUUGGGCCAUAAUGACAAAAAACAUGUUUGGUCAAAUAAACACAGACGUCAUAAAUGUAUUUUUAAUGUUCAGUGGUGUGUAUUUAAAUGCUUUCUUAUUCUAUUUCCUUUUUGUUUGUGUUUAAACUGAUUCCUGUAAAGUGUCAGAGUUUCUCUACACAAAUAAAAUGUUUCAUUUGAUUUUUUUAAGGCUUCCUGCUGAAAAAGAUGAAGUGAGGGAGCAGCAGGAGAAUGGCCACUCUCACUCAGACGUUUGUAGAUUAACAGCUAUGCUGAGAGGAUUAGUGACACAGUCUGAUUAUCAUCACACACUGCUGACAUGAACGCAACAAUAACUUCUCUACCUGAAUAAAACAAAUCCCCAAAUUGAUUCUGUUUGUCCGGUUUAAAUCGGAGCAGAAGCAGGAAAACGUCGACACGCUGCUGGUUUCUGCUCAGCAGAAAAGCAACAGAUGUGUGGUCAGCAGCGUUGAUAUCAGAGGAGGGCUGGGGGAUUAAACGAUAACGCUGCUCUGGUGAUUUGUCAGAGCUUUGAUGGGAACGUUUUCAGGAAGCCUGCCAGCCUGCAGCUCCGAUCACCGUCCCAACAAAACAUUUCAAUCUAAAGUUGUUUUACACCAGCAGGACAUAAAGACAAACCAUCAACAGCUGGCAUGAGGCUGGGCAGCGGCGGGCUCCGGCUCCGGAGGGCCGCGGAGCCGUCCGAACACGAAUCUGAGGAAUCGACGGAACCGGCCCAUCACGAGCACAGCCACCCGGAACACCACCACGAACACACGCAUCCAGAACAUCACCCCGCACACGAGUACGACCACAUGAAGGAGAAGUUCAUGAACGAGCUGAGUCACCUGCCAAUUCCUGUGUGGGCAGUGGCGGCCAUCGUUGUUCUGGUCCUGGUUCUGGUGGCCUGCUUCAUCUUCUGCGUUUUCAAAAAAUGUUUUGGGAAAAAGAAAAAGCCGAAGAAAGAGAGGGGGGGGAAGGCCGGAGGUCGGCGCAGGAAGGAGAAGGAAGGAGACGGGGAGUCCGGAGAAAAGGAGGGCGACGUGAAAAAGGACGGAGAGGAAGAAGAGAAAGAACAGGAGAAGUUGGGCAAACUGGAGUUCUCCUUGGACUACAACUUCACAGACUCUCAGCUCAUAGUGGGAAUCCUUCAGGCUCAGGACCUCGCUGCCAUGGACAUGGGAGGAACCUCGGACCCCUACGUUAAAGUUUUCCUGCUGCCUGACAAGAAGAAGAAAUAUGAGACCAAAGUCCAACGUAAAAACCUGAGUCCUGUUUUCAACGAGACUUUUAUUUUUAAGAUUCCCUAUGCAGAGUUGGGCGGAAAGACUUUGAUUCUGCAGGUUUUUGACUUUGAUCGUUUUUCCAAGCACGACGUGAUCGGAGAAAUAAAGAUUCCCAUGAAUAGCGUUGAUCUGGGCCAGCCAAUGCAGCAAUGGAGGGACUUGGAGAGUGGAGAGAAGGAAGAGGAAAAAUUGGGAGACAUUUGCAUUUCUUUGCGCUACGUACCGACGGCUGGAAAACUGACGGUGAACAUCAUGGAGGCAAAAAAUCUGAAGAAAAUGGAUGUCGGGGGUUUAUCAGACCCAUAUGUGAAGAUCGUUCUGCAACAAAACGGGAAGCGGAUAAAGAAGAAGAAGACGACAGUGAAGAAGAACACGCUCAAUCCGUACUUUAACGAAAGCUUCAGCUUCGAAGUCCCAUUUGAACAAAUACAGAAAGUGCAGGUUGUCAUCACCGUGUACGACUAUGACAAGCUGGGCAGCAAUGACCCCAUCGGGAAGACCUUCAUGGGCUACGGGGCGACUGGUGUGGGCCUGCGCCACUGGUCCGACAUGCUGGCGAAUCCUCGGCGCCCGGUAGCGCAGUGGCACACCCUGCUGCCUGAGGAGGAGGUGGACGCAGCGCUCAAAGCCAAACCUCGCUAACAACCGGACCUUGAUCCAAAUCUGAAAUGUCUUCUCAGUUUGUUUGUUCUGUUUCACGGUCCAGUGAAGAAAGGCGCUGUAGUUUCUGAAGAAAACCCGUUUCCUCAGGGUGCAAUUUGAUUGGACGUGACUUUUUCCUUUUAUGGACGUUACAGAACCCCGUAAUCUAGAGAUAAGAGUUUAUCUGUUUAUCUGUCACUAGUCUGUAUUUCGAUGUGCCUGUGUACAAUACAAACAAUUUUGUUUUUGCUUUUCUUCUUUCCUUCAAACUUUAUAAACCAAAUCUAAAUUUGAAAAACAAUGAAGGUAAAUAUGCAGGUUCUGUGAAAUUCCUUAAAUACAAAAGAAUAGUUUGUGGACUCUUGUUUUAUGUAAAGUCCUGUUGGCGUUUUGGCUUAUUAUGUUGUGCUUUUGUGUAAAAGACUCCUAUAAAAUCCAAAUAAAAAAAUCUUUUGACAGUUG